AUAGUAGUGCAUGACCAUAUUUCUCUAAACAUUAGGAAUGAGCAAAAAAUAAAACAUAUUGUAAAACAUAAAUCUACAUGUUGGAUUAUUUAAAAAAAAAAAAAUAGUGAGGGGUAUAAUUUAUACACGCUACAGACGCGUCCUUUUGUUCUUCAGUCUAAAGUUAUUUGACAAGAGGAGUUGUUUGAGGCUUGGGGGCGUUUCCAUGACGCUCCAGACAGGGAUAUAAACCCCGCGCGGAACCUCGGUCCUGUACAGACGACCUCUACUCACACCAAGCUCAACAUGGCUCCUAACGCCACUGCUGUAACUGCUCUGACUUAUGCGCCCCGCACCGUGGCCAUGAGAAAAGAAGCAAACGAACUGAGAAGAACUCUAAAGCCAUUACUGGAAAAGAAACGGCGAGCGCGCAUCAACGAGAGUCUCAACCGAUUAAAAGCGCUCAUUCUCCCUCUCACAGGCAAAGACAAUUGCCGUUACUCUAAACUGGAGAAAGCUGAUAUUUUGGAGAUGACGGUCAAAUUCCUGACUGAUAUUCAAUCCGCUCCAUCUAAAGAUAGCGUCGAUAGCUUAAAAGAUGGAUACACGGCUUGCCUCCAGCGCGUUUCAGCGCGCCUACCGCAAACCGGACUCGACGCAGAAACCCGCCAUCGCGUCAACGACUUCAUCCAGCAUUCAGUGACGCUCAAGACCCCAGCCUGCCAGAACUGCUGUGCACAGAGCUCCAAAAUGAUGACACAAAUUCAACAAAAACUCCUCAAUUUAAAAUCUAGCAGCUCAAAAACCGUAACCCCGGAAAAAUGCAAGGUUGCGAUUGCCGGUCGACCUAAGCCUGUGCCACUGAUCGCCGAUUCCAAAGUCUGGAGGCCUUGGUAGAUCUACCGUCCAGUCUGCUAUUAUGAUCCUUUCAUUCAAGCCUUUAAGAAAUGUAUAUAUUUGCAAACCGUUAUUCUCUUGUAAUGUUUUUAAUUUGAUGAAUACGUCUCAUCGAAUCGAAUAUGAGUAUUGUAUACUUGGUUUUCCAGUCCAGUGUAUAGUAAUGGAACAGACCCGUUUGAAUCGUUUAGUUUUCAUAAAGAUCCUGCGCGUGACCUGUAUAUAACGUGGUUAGAUUUAUGCCCUUCUGCGGGAAAAAUCGUCGGUGGCUCUUGAAAACGCCUAAGUAAAACCCAAAGGGUUGUUAAUUGUAAGAUAUUUGCACUUCAUACUUUAGUAUUAUGGGUUGGUGCAGAUUGUUAAAUGUAAGCACUCCGUGUUGUUGUUCACCGAAAUCUCUAUUUUAGGAGAUGUGCUAUUUAUUUCCCUGUUUAUACAUUUAUGUGUUGUGCUACAUUUAUGUUGAUGCACUUGUGUGUUAUGCUACUUUUUUAUAAUAAAAGUUGUAGGCUACCCAUCUGUUUUCCUUGAAUUAUUCUCUCUGAUCAAAUGAAAAUAAUAGACACAAUGGAGAAACUCGUUGUCAUAUAACAAUUACGUGGAUUGGCGCGCAAACGAAAACAGAUGUGUGUUGGUGUGGUGAUGCUCUAUAAGCGUAGCCCUAUAACCACAAUUCACUUACGAGAAUUAACCAUAGGUUUAUCGUAGUAAAAGUGUGGCAGCCAUGUUUUUUUGGCGUAUUUAUUACCAUUUGUAUAACCACAACUUAACUAUAAAUACAAUGGUUAAACUAUGGUUAAUGUAGCAAAACCAUGAUUAAUUUGUGGUUGCAAUGGUAUAACUGUAGUGACCAUGUUUUUUAGUAGGCCUAUACAUUGCAUAAUGCAGCGUCACGUUGGGGAAAAGCAUCUGCCACAUAAAUAAACGCAAACAUAAUAACUGACGGCGUCUUCUUUAUUCAUGUUAAAGGUGUACGCUUGCAUGAAAACCUGGUCUCUACUGCCACCUUUCGGCGGUUUGGUUACUGAGCGAACUGAACGAGUGAAAUGUUUAGAUAAUUUGUAAGCAAUUGAUUAACAUGCUGGUAAACCUAACGAUUAAAG